CCGGGAGGUUGUUUAGAAAUAGCAACUUCGGCUAAGAAAAGUCGCGACCUGCUCUUUAGGGCCACCCCUGAAGGAAGAGAGACUGAUUCCAUCCAGGAUACAAUAUUAUAUGGAGUUGUCAUUUCUCCUUAGGCUCCUCUUGGCUGUGAUAGUUCCUCAGACUCUACUUGGUUUUGAUGACUUUGGCAAUUUGAGGAAAACUGGUCAGGGGUAAAGAUAUUUCCAUCAUGGCUCAUUCAAAGACAAGGACCAAUGAUGGAAAAAUUACCUAUCCUCCUGGUGUCAAGGAAAUCUCAGAUAAAAUAUCUAAAGAGGAAAUGGUGAGACGGUUAAAGAUGGUUGUGAAAACUUUCAUGGAUAUGGACCAGGAUUCUGAAGAAGAAAAGGAGCUCUAUUUAAACCUAGCUUUACAUCUUGCUUCAGAUUUUUUCCUCAAGCAUCCUGAUAAAGAUGUUCGAUUACUGGUAGCCUGCUGCCUUGCUGAUAUUUUUAGGAUUUAUGCUCCUGAAGCUCCUUACACAUCCCCUGAUAAAUUAAAGGAUAUAUUUAUGUUUAUAACAAGGCAGUUGAAGGGGCUAGAGGAUACAAAGAGCCCACAAUUCAAUAGGUAUUUUUAUUUACUUGAGAACAUUGCUUGGGUCAAGUCAUAUAACAUAUGCUUUGAGUUGGAAGACAGUAAUGAAAUUUUUACCCAAUUAUACAGAACAUUAUUUUCAGUUAUAAACAACGGCCACAAUCAGAAAGUUCAUAUGCAUAUGGUGGAUCUCAUGAGUUCUAUUAUUUGUGAAGGUGAUACAGUAUCUCAGGAACUUUUGGAUACAGUUUUGGUAAAUCUGGUACCUGCCCAUAAGAAUUUAAACAAGCAAGCAUAUGAUUUGGCAAAGGCUUUACUGAAGAGGACAGCUCAAGCUAUUGAACCAUAUAUUACCAAUUUUUUUAAUCAGGUUCUGAUGCUUGGGAAAACAUCUAUCAGCGAUUUGUCAGAGCAUGUCUUUGACUUAAUUUUGGAGCUCUAUAAUAUUGAUAGUCAUUUGCUGCUCUCAGUUUUACCCCAGCUUGAAUUUAAAUUGAAGAGCAAUGAUAAUGAGGAACGCCUUCAAGUUGUUAAACUACUGGCAAAAAUGUUUGGGGCAAAGGAUUCAGAGUUGGCUUCUCAAAACAAACCACUUUGGCAGUGUUACUUGGGCAGGUUUAAUGAUAUCCAUGUACCAAUCCGCCUGGAAUGUGUGAAAUUUGCUAGCCAUUGUCUCAUGAACCAUCCUGAUUUAGCAAAGGACUUAACAGAGUAUCUUAAAGUGAGGUCACAUGACCCUGAGGAAGCUAUUAGACAUGAUGUUAUUGUGUCUAUAGUUACAGCUGCUAAAAAGGAUAUUCUUCUGGUCAAUGAUCACUUACUUAAUUUUGUGAGAGAGAGAACAUUAGACAAACGGUGGAGAGUGCGCAAAGAAGCCAUGAUGGGACUUGCCCAGAUCUAUAAGAAAUAUGCUUUACAAUCAGCAGCUGGGAAAGAUGCUGCAAAACAGAUUUCAUGGAUCAAAGACAAAUUGCUACAUAUAUAUUAUCAAAAUAGUAUUGAUGAUAGAUUGCUUGUUGAACGGAUCUUUGCUCAAUACAUGGUCCCCCACAAUUUGGAAACUACAGAACGGAUGAAAUGCUUAUAUUAUUUGUAUGCCACACUGGAUUUAAAUGCUGUGAAAGCACUGAAUGAAAUGUGGAAAUGUCAAAAUCUGCUCCGACAUCAAGUAAAGGAUUUGCUUGACUUAAUUAAGCAACCCAAAACAGAUGCCAGUGUCAAGGCCAUAUUUUCAAAAGUGAUGGUUAUUACAAGAAAUUUGCCAGAUCCUGGUAAGGCUCAGGAUUUCAUGAAGAAAUUCACACAGGUGUUAGAAGAUGAUGAGAAAAUAAGAAAACAGUUAGAAGUGCUUGUUAGUCCAACAUGCUCCUGCAAACAGGCUGAAGGUUGUGUGCGUGAAAUAACUAAGAAGUUGGGCAACCCCAAACAGCCUACAAAUCCUUUUCUGGAAAUGAUCAAGUUUCUCUUGGAGAGGAUAGCACCUGUGCACAUAGAUACUGAAUCUAUCAGUGCUCUUAUAAAGCAAGUGAACAAAUCAAUAGAUGGAACAGCAGAUGAUGAAGAUGAGGGUGUUCCAACUGAUCAAGCCAUCAGGGCAGGUCUUGAACUGCUUAAGGUACUCUCAUUUACACAUCCCAUCUCGUUUCAUUCUGCUGAAACCUUUGAAUCUCUCCUGGCUUGUCUGAAAAUGGAUGAUGAAAAAGUAGCAGAAGCUGCACUCCAAAUUUUCAAAAACACAGGAAGCAAAAUUGAAGAGGAUUUCCCACACAUCAGAUCAGCUUUGCUUCCUGUUUUACAUCACAAAUCUAAAAAAGGACCCCCCCGUCAAGCCAAAUAUGCUAUUCAUUGUAUCCAUGCGAUAUUUUCUAGUAAAGAGACACAGUUUGCACAGAUAUUUGAGCCUCUGCAUAAGAGCCUGGAUCCAAGCAACCUGGAACAUCUCAUAACACCGCUGGUUACUAUUGGUCAUAUUGCUCUCCUUGCACCAGAUCAGUUUGCUGCUCCUUUGAAGUCUUUGGUAGCUACUUUCAUUGUGAAAGAUCUUCUCAUGAAUGAUCGGCUUCCAGGAAAAAAGACAACUAAGCUUUGGGUUCCAGAUGAAGAAGUUUCACCUGAGACAAUGGUCAAAAUUCAGGCUAUUAAAAUGAUGGUUCGAUGGCUACUUGGAAUGAAAAAUAAUCACAGUAAAUCAGGAACUUCUACUUUAAGAUUGCUCACAACAAUACUGCAUAGUGAUGGAGACUUGACAGAACAGGGGAAAAUUAGUAAACCAGAUAUGUCACGUCUGAGACUUGCUGCUGGGAGUGCUAUUGUGAAGCUGGCACAGGAACCCUGUUAUCAUGAAAUUAUCACAUUAGAACAAUAUCAGCUAUGUGCUUUAGCUAUCAAUGAUGAAUGCUAUCAAGUAAGACAAGUGUUUGCUCAGAAACUGCACAAAGGUCUUUCCCGAUUACGGCUUCCACUUGAGUAUAUGGCAAUUUGUGCACUUUGUGCAAAAGAUCCUGUAAAAGAAAGAAGAGCUCAUGCCAGGCAGUGUCUGGUAAAAAAUAUCAAUGUGAGACGCGAGUAUCUGAAACAGCAUGCAGCUGUUAGUGAAAAAUUAUUGUCUCUUCUACCCGAGUAUGUUGUUCCAUAUACAAUUCACCUUUUGGCACAUGACCCAGAUUAUGUCAAAGUACAGGAUAUUGAACAACUUAAAGAUGUUAAAGAGUGUCUUUGGUUUGUUCUGGAAAUAUUAAUGGCUAAAAAUGAAAAUAACAGUCAUGCAUUUAUCAGAAAGAUGGUAGAAAAUAUUAAACAAACAAAAGAUGCUCAAGGACCAGAUGAUGCAAAAAUGAAUGAAAAACUGUAUACUGUGUGUGAUGUUGCCAUGAAUAUCAUCAUGUCAAAAAGCACCACAUAUAGUUUGGAAUCUCCUAAAGAUCCAGUACUACCAGCUCGUUUUUUCACCCAACCUGACAAGAACUUCAGUAACACCAAAAAUUAUCUGCCUCCAGAAAUGAAAUCGUUUUUCACUCCUGGAAAACCUAAAACAACCAAUGUUCUAGGAGCUGUUAAUAAGCCGCUUUCAUCAGCAGGCAAACAAUCUCAGACAAAAUCAUCACGAAUGGAAACUGUAAGCAAUGCAAGCAGCAGCUCAAAUCCAAGCUCUCCUGGAAGAGUAAAAGGAAGGCUUGAUAGUUCUGAAAUGGAUCACAGUGAAAAUGAAGAUUACACAAUGUCUUCACCUUUGCCGGGGAAAAAAAGUGACAAGAGAGACGACUCUGAUCUUGUAAGGUCUGAAUUGGACAAACCUAGAAGCCGGAAAAAAACACCUGUAACAGAUUCAGAGGAGAAAUUAGGGAUGGAUGACCUGACUAAGUUGGUACAGGAACAGAAACCUAAAGGCAGUCAGCGUGGAAGGAAGAGAGGCCAUACGGCUUCAGAGUCAGAUGAACAACAGUGGCCUGAGGAAAAGAGGCUCAAAGAAGAUAUAUUAGAAAAUGAGGAUGAACAGAAUAGUCCACCAAAAAAAGGUAAAAGAGGCCGACCACCAAAACCUCUUGGUGGAGGUACCCCCAAAGAAGAGCCAACAAUGAAAACUUCUAAAAAAGUAAGCAAAAAAAAACCUGGACCUUCAGCAACAGAAGAAGAGGAAGAAGAAGAAAGACAAAGUGGAAACACAGAACAGAAGUCAAAAAGUAAACAGCACCGAACUUCAAGGAGAGCACAACAAAGCAGAGCAGAAUCUCCUGAAACUAGUGCAGUUGAAUCCACACAAUCCACACCUCAGAAAGGACGAGGAAGACCAUCAAAAACGCCAUCACCAUCACAACCCCCCAAAAAUGUCCGUGUAGGACGCUCCAAACAAGCCGCUACUAAAGAAAAUGAUUCAAGUGAAGAAGUAGAUGUGUUUCAGGGUAGCUCUCCUGUCGAUGAUAAUCCACAGGAAGAAACAGAGGAAGAAGAAGUGUCUGCAGUAAAUGUACGGCGGCGAAGUUCUAAAAGAGAAAGGCGAUGAACAAAUGUCAUUAAUAACUUUCUAUGUGAAAGCUUUGAAAAAAAUAAUUUUUUGUCAAGCUUCAGGCUGAGUAAAGCCUUUGAUGCACAAAAUGGGACUGCUGAAGAGUGGACAGUUGGACCUUACUCUGAUGACCUCAUGUAUUUGUGGUCACAUGCUUUAGCCAUGCGCACGGUGAUAACAUUGACUAUGGAGUCUUGUGAAAAAGUCUAAUGUGCGAUGGCUAUGUAGACAUAAAGAAGAAACUUGUAAAUAUAUUUUUUCUUCUUCUUUUUCUUUUUCUUUUUUUUUUUUUUUUUUUUUUUAAUGUUUCUGACUUCUAAAGUGCUUGUAUAGCUUUUAUCUGCGGCUUUAAACUGACAGUACCCAGCUGUUUAUUGGAUCUAUUGAUUUGAAAAGAGUUUGUUAGGAUAGAUCUUAAGCAGUAAUCUGUCAGUGUUUGUAUUUGUAUUCUCUGCAGUUUUACUGUGAAAAGUUUUUUUCAACAAAUGGUGUCAUUUUCUUGAUGUCACAAUUUGUUG